GGGGCGGUGCUAGUGCGCACGCAGCCUCGGCCCCGUCCCUGCCCUUUUUCUUCCCGGUUUCCCCGUCAGCCUGCGGUCCGGUUCGGUAGCUGCUUCCGGUAGGACCGCGGUGCAGGGCGAGUAGGUCUCAGCUCUUCGUCAUGUCCUACGGACCCUUAGACAUGUACCGGAACCCGGGGCCCUCGGGGCCCCAGCUCCGGGACUUCAGCAGCAUCAUCCAGACUUGCAGCGGCAACAUCCAGCGGAUCAGCCAAGCCACUGCUCAGAUAAAGAAUUUGAUGAGCCAACUAGGAACUAAGCAGGACUCAACCAAGCUACAGGAAAAUCUGCAACAGUUACAACACUCUACAAAUCAGCUUGCCAAGGAAACAAAUGAAUUACUGAAGGAAUUAGGUUCCUUGCCCCUUCCCUUAUCUACUGCAGAACAGCGCCAGCAGAGACUUCAGAAGGAACGGCUCAUGAAUGACUUCUCUGCAGCUUUAAACAAUUUCCAGGCUGUGCAGAGAAGGGUAUCUGAAAAGGAAAAGGAGAGCAUUGCCAGAGCAAGAGCUGGAUCUCGUCUUUCUGCGGAGGAGAGGCAAAGAGAGGAGCAGCUCGUCUCAUUUGACAGCCAUGAGGACUGGAACCAGAUGCAGAGCCAGGAGGAUGAGGUGGCCAUCACUGAGCAGGACCUGGAGCUUAUUAAAGAGAGGGAAACGGCAAUUCAGCAGCUGGAGGCCGAUAUUUUGGAUGUCAAUCAGAUAUUUAAAGAUUUGGCCAUGAUGAUCCAUGACCAGGGUGAUCUCAUUGAUAGCAUAGAAGCCAAUGUGGAAAGCUCAGAGGUGCAUGUAGAAAGAGCCACUGAUCAGUUACAGAGAGCUGCUUACUAUCAGAAAAAAUCUCGCAAGAAGAUCUGUAUCCUGGUGCUUGUCCUGUCAGUGAUUGCUGUUAUCUUCGGAGUUAUUAUGUGGCUAAUUUAUAGAAAGUGAUUGAUUGCCUCAGAGCCUUCUCCCACUGAACUGUUUUCAAGGGCAAGUGCUUGCUGGAGUCUUGCCAGAACAAACUGAUCACAAGAAGAGAGCAUACACCAGAAUGUCCUGUAAUAAUUUAGUUAGAAACUAACGACUAACUAGUUUUUGGAAUUAGUGACCUAUGGAGACAGUCCUUAACAAUUUAUGUACACAUUUUAUUGAUUUUUCAAAUUAGGAAUUAAUUUAUGUGAAUUUUGCUUUCUCUUAUAUUCUGAUUGCCCUUCAUCCCAAGUGUUGACUGAAAAUUCCAUUCUGGAUAUUCUUGUUUUGACAGGUGACACUACAGUCUUGUAAAUUGUCUUUUUAUGUGUAUACAAGAUUUACCUUUUUAUUAGCAACUAAGAUAGAAUUACUUUCUGGCACCCAGCAUAUUGGAGUCUGUCAGAAACUGUAUAAUAAGCCAGCAAUUUUUAUUAUUUAACGUUUUACUUUGAAUUUGUAAGAAGCCUAUUGUCUAUCUGCUUUGAAAGAUUUUAGCAAUGUAUUUAACUAGAAAGUAAAAAAUUGCACGUGCGAUCCAGAUUAAAUGAGAAGUAUCUAUUUGAGCGGGCCAGUUGCUGGGGUACAUGUUAAUCUGGGUUUCAAGUUUACUUUAUUAUCUGCUGGUGUCAUCCACAGCAGUUCAUAGACACACCAUCCUGUUCACUUUUUGAAGCAAUUCAUUAAUUAACAUUAUUACACUCCAAGGGGUUCUUCUCCUACCUGUCUGUACAGAAAGGGAUAAUUAGACAAAGCAUGCUUUUGGAAAGCAAAUAGGGAUUGUUUGGAAUGAUUUUUAUUCUUUUGUUCAGUUAUGGCUCAACAUUCCUGGUGAAUGAUAAAUGUUGCUGUCAAAAGGCUGCCUCUCGCGCCUUAUAAGGGUUGCUGGGCAUUUGAUGGCAGAUUUUAAAAGCUAGACUGAAGUUGGUUUACAAUUUAGUUCUGUGAACCUGGCAAUAAGGCAAAGCAAAGGUUCAUUUUUGUAAAUAAUACUGGUUUGGAAUAGUGAUGUUAGACAUCUUAAUUUAUGAACAAGAAAUUAAUCUCUCCAUGCAUAGUUUUAGAUAAGAAAUGUUUCAAUAAAAGAUUGUUGUCUUGUAAUAUAAAUGUUAUCCACCUCCCUUUUUCACAGGUUUAGAGCAGUUAAAGGGAAUGCAAUUUCUUUAGGCUCUCACAUAGAUGUGAAUUGGGUCAACACUUUCAGUUUCUUCCUUUAGUGAAUUAGAGGAUUUGGCCACCCUGGAUAUAUUUAUAUUAAUUUCUUCUAUUCCCUUUAAUGUUACUUGAUCUUUUACUAAACUAAUGUGAAUACUAGGGAAACACGGGCCCAAAUGUGUAAGUUUCUUUGCACUCUUGCACCAUUCUACCCACUUAAUACAAAUAAACAUUUUAAAAGCUUU